AUGUCUCAGAAAAACCAAAAGGUCACAUCCAAGAACCUGUCUUUCAAUAAAUCUUUACCGCCGUUCCUGGCCGCCCUCCACGCGCAGGCAGGCGGAGGUGGUCGCGGUGAGCCGUCUCCCGGCGGCCAACGGCGCUCCGCCAAGAAGCGCCCCAGCAGCGAGGAGGCUGAAGACGUGCCGCUCGUCGUGGACGAAGAUGGGAACGUGGUCGACGUUGAGGUGGACAAAGAUGGCGUCGUGAGGGAGGACGGCGGCGAUGCUGUCGCCCGGGAUGACGAGAAGGGCACUAGUAAAGACCCUGAGACUUCCUCCAAAGCUGCUAUUGGCGGCAGGAAGCGCAAGGUGGGAAGAGUUGUAGGCGAGGAUGCAGCAGUCGGCACUACGGAAGAGGAGGACAAGCCCAAGAAGCCUAAGGGCGCGUCAGAUGGUGGGAAGGAUGAGGCAAAUAAUGAGGAGGUCGUCAAGGACAAGAGGCCCAAGAAAAAGGCAAAGAAGAUAAAGCUCAGCUUUGACGACGAGGAGGGUUGA